UGUUGUUUUAUUGAGUGAUUAAAAUAUUGUAACUCUAACUAAACUAAUUACGUACGACAUUGAGAGAAAAUAUUUAAAAAUCUUCAAAAAAUGUAAUAUUGAAAUGAAAUAAACUUUUAUUUUCAUAUUAAGUUUAAAAUAAAAUACAAAAUUAAUAAUUUUACGUCUUAAAAAAAGCAAAAAAAUGAGUAAAAUGAAUAAUUCAUUUUUAUGGGGGAUAAUUUUUGCGUCUGCAACAUGGAGUGUAUCAUUAUAUUUAUAUUGGUUACUUAAUAUGAGUGGUGAAAAUGUUGUUAAUCUUAAAAAGGACAGGUUACAUUAUCAUCUUGUUAACAAAGAAGAGAAGGAUCGUAUAAAAAACAAUGAUAAAUCUAUUGCAGCUUUGGAGGGCAAGAAUCUAUUGUAUGAUAGCCCUAAAGAGAACAUUGCUAACUAUAUGGAUAAAAAGUGGAAACAUCAAAAGGAGAUGUCUGAUUAUUAUAGAAGGAAGGUAAUGUUGAAAGAGAAAUUUACAAAACAGCUUGGAUUAAAAAAUAAGGCAUUACCAGAUAAAAGCUUAGAAAAUCAAUUUGGGUUGAUACAUAAUGCGGAUGAUGUUAAAAUUCGAGAAAAUGGUUACAAUUUGCAUGCAUUUAACACUCUCGUCUCACAAAGAAUUGGGAAUCAUAGAGGAUUACCAGAUACAAGAAAUAAAUUAUGCCGAUUACAAAAACAUCCUUCAAAAUUACCUAAAGCAUCCAUAAUUAUUUGUUUUUAUAAUGAACAUUUUGAAACACUCAUAAGAUCCGUCCACUCCAUCUUAGAUCGCACUGAUCAGAAGCUCCUCAAGGAAAUAAUAUUAGUUGAUGAUUAUAGUGAUAUAGUAGGUCUACAUGAUGAAGUAAAAAAAGCAGUUGAUGAAUUAAACAGCAAGGUAAAGAAAGAAGAAGAAUUCCUGGACACGAAUAACCUUGAUGGCGACAAUAUUAUAGACUACAUCAAUGACGACAAUAAUAAUAUUUUGGAUUUAAAGAAAUCUACAGAUUCAAAUAAAAAGUUGAAAGGUUUGAAUAUACAGUUACUUAAAACUAGUAAAAGAGAAGGUCUCAUCCGAGCUAGACUAUAUGGAGCCGAUAAUAGUAUUGGAGAUGUUUUGGUAUUCUUGGAUUCACAUAUUGAAGUGAACGUAGACUGGUUGCCUCCUCUUCUAACAAGAUUGUCAGAAGGUGUUGAUGGUGUUAAUGUAAGGUAUUCACCACGGGCUGUUACUCCAGUCAUUGAUGUUAUUAAUGCUGAUACGUUUGAAUAUACCUCAAGUCCAUUAGUCAGAGGAGGUUUCAAUUGGGGAUUACAUUUCAAAUGGGAUAACCUACCUAAAGGAACCUUAAAAAAUGAAGAAGAUUUUGUAAAGCCAAUACGAUCUCCAACGAUGGCAGGUGGUCUGUUCGCUAUAUAUCGGGAAUAUUUCAAUAACAUUGGCAAAUAUGACUCUGGCAUGAAUAUUUGGGGAGGUGAAAACUUAGAGAUAUCUUUUCGUAUAUGGAUGUGCGGUGGUAUCUUGGAAUUAAUACCGUGUAGUCGAGUUGGUCACGUGUUUCGUAAACGGAGACCUUAUGGCUUUGGCGAAAAGGAAGACUUUAUGUUGCAUAACUCGAUGCGUAUGGCCCGAGUUUGGAUGGACGACUAUGUGAAUAAAGUAAUUGAGCAAAACCCGUCAGCCGCGCAUGUGUCUAUAGGCGAUAUAUCCGAACGAAUUGCACUACGAAAGAAUCUCGGAUGCAAAUCCUUCAAAUGGUAUCUCGAUAAUGUGUACCCGGAACUUGAAAUUGGUGAAAAUUCUGCAUCUAGAAAGAAGAUAGCCGCGUUGAACGAUCCAGAGAAGAAUAAAUUUCAACCCUGGCACUCUAGAAAACGUAAUUACACGGAUUCGUUUCAAAUUCGUUUAAAGAAUACUUCUCUAUGCAUACAAAGUGCAAAGGAUAUCAAAAGCAGAGGCAGCGGAUUAGUUCUUGCUAAUUGUAUAAGGACCCUCAACCAGAUUUGGUUCGAGACCGACCGCAAUGAGCUGAUUCUAGGCCGCUUCCUGUGUCUUGAUGCUGUUAGCAAUGUGUCACCUGUCAUUGGUAAAUGUCACGAACUUGGAGGUACACAAGAGUGGAAACACAAGGGAACGGCUGGAAGUCCGAUUUACAAUACAGCGGCUGGAAUGUGUCUUGGUGUGGAAGGGGCGUAUCGCAACGAACCCAUACUCUUAGUGAUCUGCGACAACCAGCCAACAAAUCAAUGGGACUUCGUCAGAUCAUAAAGCAUAACAAGGGGAGCAAAUGAGAAACAUGUCAUCGACUGGAUUCAAAAUAAUUCUAAUUCUUUCACUUAUAUAAACUAAAAUAGCUUAAAAUAUUUGUGAAACAGACCACUCUAUGAGUUUAAAUCAACAUUUCUAUAAGAACAUAUUUUUUAUUCAAAUUUUACUUAUUAUCUAAGAUGUUGUAAAUUUUGUCUAACAGUGAAAAAAAAACAUUUAGAGUUAUUCGGUGAUUUAUAUAUAAUUGUGUGUAACAAGUACAAACUAUAUUCAUCUGUACUACGCAGGGAAUAAGGCUUCAAUUGCUAUUUAUAUAAUUAAAAUGGUAAUAUUAAUUACAAUAACAUACGAAUCUUACGAAUAAACGUUGUACGGCGGUCGUUAGUUACAGAAUACUUUGUCUUAGUGAUUCAUCAUUAUAUACAAGGUUUAUUAGUAAGGCCGUAAAUAAUAUUAAUAAGUAGCGAUAGAGUCCAGUACAGAUUAUUCAAAUAAGACUAAAAAGCUGGAAAGAUUAUUUCUCUAAGGUUGUAUGCAGUUUUUUUUAUUUUUGUCUCGUAUAUUUAUAUUGUUAACUACUACGCUUAAAAAGUGGCAACUGAAUUUUUAAACUUGUCGAUCUUAGUGAGUUCAUAAAUUUAUAAUAUAGUUAUAUAUUAUAAGACU